AUGGGAAAGAGUAAGUUUGCUGAACAUGUUUUUCGCACUUUUGACGCUAAUGGUGAUGGUACUAUCGAUUUUAGAGAGUUUCUUUGUGCUCUUAGCGUAACUUCAAGGGGAAAAUUGGAACAGAAACUUAAAUGGGCCUUUUCUAUGUAUGACUUAGAUGGAAAUGGCUACAUAUCACGACAAGAAAUGCUUGAAAUUGUUACGGCUAUAUACAAAAUGGUUGGAUCUGUUAUGAAAAUGCCUGAAGACGAAAGCACACCAGAAAAGAGAACUGACAAAAUAUUUAGGCAAAUGGAUCGAAACAAGGAUGGAAAAUUAAGUCUUGAAGAAUUUAUAGAAGGAGCAAAAAGUGAUCCAUCAAUAGUACGUUUAUUACAAUGUGAUCCUCAAUCACAUUAACUUUCAUUUAAAUGGUUGAAGUAAGCAAUAAAUGUUCGGAUUAUGAUAGAAAUUAA